UUCUCUCCCCCUAUAUAUAAACCUUCACGUCUGUAGCUCAAGAACACAAGCCUAAUGUGCCUUCAUCUCUCUCCUUCUCUCUCACCAUUUUGUUGAACCAGAUUCAAUUGCACUUCGCAUUAGUCUGGCAUUCCUCGACAUGGAAUCCGCAAACAUUGAUCAUGCGACUUCUCACAUGAACCAAAAGGUCCAAAACCCACCAAAAUGGCAGGGCCAAGCUUGUGCGGACUUGGCAGGUCCAAAGGCAGACCAAAUAUGGCCCUUCUUGGAGGACUUCUUCGGUCUCGCCAAGUGGUUCCCGACCCUCGCCACUUGCACCCCAGUCGAGGGCGUCUCUGGCCAGCCCGGGUGCAUCCGCUACUGUGCUGGGUUCAGGACCCCGGUCGACCGGGACGUCGGCGACGCUGAGACGACAACCCUGAAUUGGACGAAGCAGAAGCUGCUGUUGAUCGACCCAGCCGCGAAGAUAUUCAGCUAUAGCAUUGUGGACGGCAAUGUCGGGUUCAACUCCUACGUCUCCACGGUCCAAGUCAUGCCUAAGGAGGACGGGUGUUGCAUCGUGUGGAACUAUGAGGUUGAGCCCGUGGACGGCUGGAAACCCGAGGACUUGGACCAGUUCAUCGGGUCGGGCUUGCGGGUCAUGGCCGAGAGGAUGGAGGAGGCUCUUCUUGGUCAAGCAAAGUGAUUGGAUUCACGAACUGAUGUCCUCUGAAUCUGAUGAUCUGCUUUCGUGCUCAUGUGAUAGUCUUGAAGCUGUGUGAUGCGGUGUGCAAGAGUAGUGAAAGUCUGGGCAGUAGUACGUAUUAGCUCUCUAAUAUUUCCACAAUAAUUCGCAAGUUUGGUCAUUAUUCCUCAUUCGUAUUGGAUUUAGAGCACCCUCUUGUACGUCCAAGUUCCACUUACAUAUACUUUGAGCUAA